GUAAAAUAUGUCAAACCAAACCAAUUAAUAUUUAUUGUGGGCAAUUAAUGUGGGUUAUUGGGCAAAUUCCGAAUAAAAUUUUGGGAAUUUGGACAUAAGCUGUUAUCGUUUAAACAGUAAUCGUAUAAAUAAUAAAGAAACAAGGAUAUUUUUACUCUUACUGUAUUAUACCUAGGCAUCAAUUUCAAUUUUCAGUAAUCCUAAACACUAAUCAGUUCUUCCUUCAUAAAUUACAUCACAAGGAAUUAUAAUAAAAAAUAUAGUAGUAUUAAGAUACGUCUUGAUACAUAUUUAUUACGCUCCUUAUUUAAAAAUUUGUUAAACCAUGCUAGGAUUAAGUAAAAGUAUUCGAAACAUUCUGCUUAGUAAGAAUGCUUACAAUAACAAUCUUAUGAAUAGACUCUUGAAGGUUAAGUCUCAUACUAGAGUGAUACACAGUAGUUCUCGUAUGUGUGUAAAAAUAUUCAUGGAGAAAGAAAACCAUUAUGCCUUUGAAAUACUGAAAAGAACUGGACAAGUGUCAGAUUUUAUCAAAACAGAAACUCGAAUACCUAUGAGUAAAGAAGAUUUUGAAAGACUUACUUCGAAGAACUGGCUGAAUGAAUCAAAGGAAGAGAUCUUUGAACAUUUUAAAAAAUUUGCUACAUAUAGUACAGAAAACAAAUUGUGUAUUUCUAAUUCUGUGUUUGAUAAUUUUGUAGAUAGUCUAACUGAUAAUAUACAGAAUGCUACAGAUGAAGAACUUAAAUCCCUUUUCUACACAUUGACACUUUGGCCUGAAACAAAUUCAAUAAGAACAAGGAAUUAUAUAGAGAUUUGGGCUGCUUUGGAUGAUGAUUGCAUAAACAGGUUCAAAAAAUGGUCAUUUGAUGAAUGGUUAUCAUAUAUUUAUUUAUUCUAUUUAUUAAAUGCAACAAGAGCUUCAGAUUUUUGUUAUAAAAGCAUUCAAAGGUUGACAUACAAGUCACAUAAGUUAACUAAGAGUCAGUAUAUUCAAACUAUGUUCUAUAUAGCAACUAUGAGAUUCUCUCCAUCUGAUAUGCACAACUUAGAGUUAUGUUUAGAGAAAAACUAUGACCAAUUUAAUUUGGAUGAACUAGCAGUAGUAUCAAUGGGAUUUUUCAAAAGCCAAAUCCCUAUUAGGAGUAUGAAUUUGGUUUCAAAAAUUAUUGACAACCUAGUAGCAAAUAUAAAGGAAAUUCAUGAAGUCUCACUUGCAGCUUUGUUAAAAAUUGUUCGCUUCUCGAGAAAAAUACCGAUUGAUGAUAAAAUAAUUACUCUGCUUGACAUUCUGCAGCAUGAGGUUCCACGUUUAUCAGUGAUGUGUAAUGUACAUAUAGCCUUACUGGCAGCUAGCACAUUAACGCUGCAUGAACCUUGUUUGACAAAGAUUGCCGAUAAAGUGUUAGAUAAUAUAUCUUUGACACGUUUAAAAGACAUUGAAAGACUAGUACUGACAUUUGGUACUUUUUCUUUAGAACCAAAAACAAAACGUAAUUUUAUAGAAACAGUACUUAGUGAAUUAAGAAAACCAAUUAGGGAAGAUGAAAUUAAAAUACAUGGUAGAUCUUUUGCAUGUUGUGUGUCUUACCUGGGACUUUUACAAUCAUAUCCAUUGGAUUUAAUGAAAAGGGUUCUAAAUAAGGAAUUUUUACUAUCAAAUUAUGGAAAGCAUUGUCUCUCAUAUGGACGUGAAAUAUUGACUCUUCACAAUCAGAUUCAAAUUAUGCAUAAAGAUGUUGAUUGGCAGUGCUUGUCUGAUAAAGAAGCCCUAUCCCUAGCUAAAAAGUACACAGACUACAUACCUGAUGAAAACUAUAAAAAGCAAUAUAACAUAACAGAAAGAAUGUUUUUAGAUGUAAAAAAAGUUCUUGAAGAAACCCGUGGAGGCAAAGAAUUUGUAGGCGCUCAUCACAUUGUAACUCACCAUCAAAGGGGAGAUUUAAUUAUAUGUGAUAGUAAAGAAGGUACUCCAAGUCCAGUGACUGAAAUCAGCAAGUCCAAAUUUGGUUUUAAUUGGUUUGCGCCUAAUGAUAAUAAUAUCUGGAUAGCAUUAAUUAUUGCUGGGAGAAACGCAAUGAUUUAUAAUUCAGAUAUACCAUGUGGUCAGUUUUAUAUGAAAGCAAGAGAGCUUAAUGCAUUAGGAUUUUGUUCCACCAUUGUAUCAUGGCGCGCCUACGAAAAAUGCCAAACAUAUGAAGAAAAAAGAAAAUAUUUAAAUCAAUUAAUCUGUGAAGCGAAACAUAACCAAAAGAGUAUUAAUGGAUCAAAUGAAACUCAACAUUUAAGUACCAAUGUUAUUUAAUGAUUUAGGAGGGGGAGACACCACAAUCGUAUUUAAAAUGUCAUCAGCUAGAAAGACACAUCAAAAAUAGAUGAACUAUUCUACUGUACCAUUUGGCAAUGUUCUAACCAGUGGGGAUAUAAUUAAAAUUACAGUUAGCUUUGA